ACUACUUCGCCAUGGCGGACGAUAAAGCCGUCGGCGCACCCGCGCUCGACACAAAUAUCGAAUCGGGCAACUUCGACGAGAAGCGCGCUCAGGCUCCCGCGGGUGUCCCUCCCAAGAAGGCCCCUGCUGAGGAGGAGGAUGAGGACGAGGACAUUGAUGCCCUGAUCGAGGAUCUCGAGUCCGAGGAUGGCCACGCCUUUGAUGAGGACGAGGAGGAGACCAACCCCGCCACUGGACGUGUCGUCCCCGAGGACAUGCUCCAGACGGACAGCCGUCUCGGUCUGACCGAGGCUGAGGUCCUCGCCCGCCGUCGCAAGUACGGUCUCAACCAGAUGAAGGAGGAGAAGGAGAACCUGGUUCUCAAGUUCCUGGGCUUCUUCAUUGGUCCCAUUCAGUUCGUCAUGGAGGCUGCUGCCGUUCUGGCUGCCGGUCUCCAGGACUGGGUCGAUUUCGGUGUCAUCUGCGGUCUUCUUAUGCUCAACGCCUGUGUUGGUUUCAUCCAGGAGUUCCAGGCUGGUUCCAUCGUCGAGGAGCUGAAGAAGACGCUCGCUCUCAAGGCUGUUGUCCUCCGUGACGGUACCCUC